GAAUGAUAAUAGGAGCACAGUGGGUAUAUACAGUAGCAAAAAACUCAUUACCACCAGCAGCAGCAGUAUUCAAAGGAGCAUCAUAUGCAAGAUCAGCAGCAUCAUCACAGGCAAGAUUAGCAUCAUCAUCACAGGAAGGAUCAGCAGCAUCAUCACAGGCAAGAUUAGCAUCAUCAUCACAGGCAAGAUCAGCAGCAUCAUCACAGGCAGGAUCAGCAGCAUCAUCACAGGAAGGAUCAGCAGCAGCAUCAUCACAGGCAGGAUCAGCAGUAUCAUCACAGGAAGGAUCAGCAGCAUCAUCAUCACAGGCAAGAUCAGCAGCAUCAUCACAGGCAGGAUCAGCAGCAUCAUCACAGGAAGGAUCAGCAGCAGCAUCAUCACAGGCAGGAUCAACAGCAUUAUCAAGUGCAGUAUCAGGAUUAGCAGUACCAGUAGGAGCUUCUGUAAUAUCCGGAGGAUUUCUGGGAGCAUUAGGAUAUUUUUUGGGAUCACAUCGGCGAAGACCAUCACAGACACAAGCAGCAGGAAUGAGAGAAAACAACUUUGGGACAACAGGAGUCAGUCCAGGUCAAGAAUUACAACAGGAAAAGUCUAGAAGAGAAAAAAGAGAGCAUCUGUUUCAGAGACUUCAUCUUGAGGGCAAACUGCAAAACAAACUGAAAAGAAAAGAUGUUCUUCAGAUAACUGCAGAUUCAUUACAGUCUCAAGAGUCUUGUGCUGAAGAGGAACUGUUUCAGAUAUUCCUACAAAAACUACUGUUGAUGAACUACAGAGCAAGAUACAUUAAAACUAAAGAGACCAAAAAACAAGAACACACACAACACAAAGACAAUGACUCGUCUGAUGAUGAGGCUGAUUUUUUCAAUACAAUGUCUUUGUCUAAUGAAGACACAUGCAAAUCAGAUCCUGUUCACCCAAUGGAUGUUCAGAUGGCCGUGUUUCAUUGUGCUGAUAGUUUCCUGAAGCAGCUGAUGGUGACUAAACUGUCUCAGUGUCAGUAUGCUCUGCCUCUGCUUGUACCUGAUCCAUUCACACAACACAUUGAGUUUCCUCUCUGGACAUUCAGACAAAUCAACAAGAGCUGGAAAACAUUUGAUGAUGAAGGUAAAAUCAUCAGUAAAGUCCAGUCAGUCUGUAAGGCAGAAACUCCAAUGGUGUGUUUCUUCAGGUUUGGCUCAGUGUCCUCAUCCAAGUCUCAGCUGAUGAACAGUCUGAUCAAUGAGAAACACAACACGUUCUUCCACAGGAACUGCCCAGGCAGCAGCAGAACCAGAGUACUGAUGGAUGGAGUGGUGGAGAUCGCCUGGUACUGCCCGUCUGGAAAAAACACAGAUAAAUUUAAUGACUGUGUUGUGUUCUGUAAUAUUCAUGGAGAUGCAGGAGACAAUGAGAAACAGCUCCAGAUCCUGAUGGAAAUGUCCUCAGUCAAUGUUGUUAUUCUACCACAGCUUGACAGGGAUGACAAAAAUAAGACAAAAGUUGAAAAACUCUACAAGGGCUCAAAGCCACUCAUUUGCCUUUUUGCUGAGGAUAAAUCUUCUGUAAUUCAGACAAAGAAAACUAAAAAAUACAAAAUAGGUUUGAAAGACAGAAAUCAGUCAGAUGUGUCUGAAGAACUCAGAAGUGCUAUAAAUGAUUUUCUCUCAGUCUCUUCAGAAUCAACUUCCAUUUUCAGACUUGAAGAUGUGUCCAAACACUCAGAUAUCAGAGUAGAUGAAGAUGAUGAUGAAGACUGCAGGAGAGGAAAAGAAGCAACACAGCAGAUGAUGAGAUUACUGGAGAAUAAAGAUCUGACACAAAUCAAAGAAACAUUUCUGCCCUGUCAGGGAAAACUGUGGCAUCAGUGGUGUCAGACGAAUAAGGAACUACAUCGACCUCAAGGGAGUGAACUAGAAAUGGAAAUAAGUAGAAAACAAGCAGAACUGAUGGAUGUCCGUAAACAGCAGCAUCAAUGUGUCCUAAGUGAAUUCAUGAAGUGCUUUAUUAAUGAAAUGAAUGAAAAAUAUGCUCCAAAUAAGAAAAACAAAUUCCUAAAAUGGCUUGGGAUGCUCAUGGAUGAACACACCUCAACUGAACUUUCUGAUCUACAUCACAAAUAUGAUGAUAAGUGGUCAACAGUCUUACACCUGAAAGAGAAAAAUAAGUCUGAGCAACUCAAAACCGAACAAAGAGAACAACUUAAAAAUGAUCAAACAGAACUUGAGAGAAUAUCUGAGGAACUUCAGGCUGCAACCUUUGGUGUGGAGCACAUCCUGAGAGAGAUCGGUCAAAUCUAUGAAUCAUGUUCAUCUGUGAAGAAGAACAAGGAAGGUCUUCAGUUUCACUUCUCUUCUCUCCCGAGUCUUGCAGCAGAGAUGAUGAUCUCUGGAUUUCCUCUGGAGCUGAUGGAUGGAGAUGCUGCUCAUGUUCCUGUGAUCUGGAUCUCUGCUGUUCUAGAUGAACUCAUCAGGAAACUGGGAGAUCAGAGAGUGUUUGUGCUGUCAGUUUUAGGGGUUCAGAGCUCUGGGAAAUCCACCAUGUUGAAUGCCAUGUUUGGACUGCAGUUUGCCGUCAGUGCUGGCAGGUGCACCAGAGGAGCUUUCAUGCAGCUGGUCAGAGUGUCAGAGGAGAUGAAAGCACAGCUGAAGUUUGACUAUAUUCUGGUGGUUGAUACUGAGGGACUUCGUGCUCUAGAACUGGCUGGAAGAUCAACGAGACAUCAUGACAAUGAACUGGCCACAUUUGUUGUGGGUCUUGGGCAACUGACAUUGAUUAACAUCUUUGGAGAAAACCCAUCUGAGAUGCAGGACACUCUUCAGAUUGUUGUUCAGGCCUUCCUGAGGAUGAAGAAGGUCAGUCUGAAUCCCAGCUGCAUGUUUGUGCAUCAGAAUGUUUCAGACAUCACUGCUGGAGAGAAAAACAUGGAGGGAAGGAGACGACUGCUGGAGAAACUGGAUGAAAUGACAAAACUUGCUGCUAUAGAUGAAGUCUGUGAUGCAGAAAGUUUCACUGAUGUCAUUGAAUUUGAUGUUCAGAAUGAUGUGAAGUAUUUUGCACAACUCUGGGAGGGCAGCCCACCCAUGGCACCACCAAACCCAAACUACUGUGAAAAUGUUCAAGAAUUAAAGAAAACAAUUCUCAAUCAUGUUUCAACAUCAGAUGGCAUGAUGCUGAAACACCUGAAAUAUCGUAUUCGAGAUCUCUGGGAGGCUUUACUGAAUGAACGAUUUGUGUUCAGCUUCAGAAAUUCUCUGGAGAUUUCAACAUACAGGAAACUGGAGACAGAAUACAGCAAGUGGACCUGGAGUCUUCGCAGUACCAUGCUGGAAACUGAGAACAAACUACACAACAACAUAGAAAAUGAAACAAUUCAUGAGAUUAAUGAAGCACAUCUUCAAAGAGAACUGAAAGAGAAAAGUGAAGAAGUGAAAAAAUCAAUGUCAGAUUUCUUUGAGAAAGACAAAGAUAAAGAAAUACUGAUUCAGUGGAAAACUUCAUUUGAGAUGAAAAUCAAAGAGCUUCAAGAAAACAUUGUGAGAGAAACAAAAAGAAAAUUAAAUGAUAUUUUUCGGCAGUAAGACCUGAAGAAAGAGAUUGAUGAUCAGAGAAUACAUCAUGAAAACACUCUCUUUGAAAAGAGCAAAACACUCACCUUAAAACUCAAAGACAAAGCAAAUGAUGAAGAAACCCUGAAGAAAGAGUUUGAUUUGUUUUGGGAAGAGUGUGUGAAGAAGAUCAUCAGAGACACUCCUACAAUCAAAGACAUUGACAUAUUAACAGAUGUGCAAAUACUCCUCAGUGACAUCAAUGAAAGUGCUCCUGUAGGUCACUGGAGGGAGAGCAGGGAUAUUUUCUCUGUGCCGAGUUAUUCAGGUUAUGUACAGUUAAAGAAAUCCAGAGGAUUUAUCAAAAAAGCCAUCAAAACAAUAAAAGAGACAUUGUUCAAUUCUCUAUCUCAGGAAGAUGAAACCCAAAUAAGAAUGUUAGUCAAUGACAUUGCUCAGCAGAGUGACAAAAGAAUCAUGUCAUUUAACAUUUCAAAGAUGGGCUACAACAAAAGCUACAUUCAGAAACUCACAGACUAUAUAAAGGCAAGACUCACUGAACAUCAGGAAGGACCAGUGAAAUAUGUGUUCAAGAAGGAAUUCUUCAUGGAUUUGGUGAUUUCCAUCUGUAAAACAGCAAACAAGACAUUCACUGACCAACACAGACUGUUCAGAGAAGCCAAUGAUCCUGUUCUCUACAUGGAGAGGAAGAGAGGAGAGUACUUCAGUGUUUUCCAGAAAUAUUGUAAAGGAGCAACAUCAGCUGCUGUUUUUGGUGAAAUCAUCUGUCAGAAACUGAAAGAGCCCAUUGAACAGAGUGUCUAUAAAAACACUGCCAGAGAUUUAGCAGAUGAAAUGAGAACAAACUGUGAAUCACUGAAUGGAAACAGAUCUAAACUGGAGAAACACAUCCUGAAGACACUGGCAGAAGAGGAGAACUUUAACAAAUACAUGAACUACAUUCAUAAUCCCAGAGAUCACUUCAAGAGAUUCAUCAGAGAUGAAGUCAGUCAGUACAUCACUGAUAAGUUCAGUGUCAGUGUUCGGCCCAACAUGAUGAAGAACAUCAAACUCCUGCAGCAGAAGAUCAUGAAAGCAGCUCAUGAACCUACUGAACAUGUUCAAGUGAACAGUGGAGAUGUUGAUUUGUGGUUGAAGUGUUUCACACAGAAGCUCUCAGAUGUGCUGAUAUUCUCUGUAAAAGACCUCAGUGGAGUGAGUCGUGACGAUGUUGAUGUCAAACUCCUUGAAGACGUGAUUAGAAAAGAUCUUCCUUCAAUAAUGUCUGAGAUAAGUGACAAAUUCAUCACAAAUGCUUUUCCGGUGAAGCUGGACUGUAAGGACAGACCAGAUAAGAUUCUGAUUGAUCACUUCUGUCAGUGCUGUUGGGUUCAGUGUCCUUUCUGUAAUGCCACAUGCACCAACACAAUACCAGACCAUUCUGAAGAUCACAGUGUUCCUUUCCAUCGUAAUGUUGGACUGAAUGGGAUGAGUUACAAGAAUACUACAAACUUGUCUAUUAGCUUUUGCACAUCAGCAGUAGCAAGUAAUAGAUCUUUUUAUCCAAAAGGAUCAGAAGAUAAGGGAGUACUCUGGAAAGAUUAUAAAACAGCUGGUCCUGAAUAUGCUAACUGGAGCAUCACUCCUGACCUCUCUGAGCUGCCAUACUGGAAGUGGUUUGUGUGCAGAUUCCAGAAAGAUCUGGAAGAGCACUACAAGAAAACCUUCCAGGGGAGUGGUGAGAUUCCAGAAGAAUGGCGGGAUCACUCAAAGCAGAAAGCAUUUGAGAGUUUGAACGAAUAUUUUUAAAAAAAGAAGUGCCUUAUUUACAGAAUACAAUAAACGUUCUGGUAUUGUACCAGGCCGCUGUGGGGCGCUGAGCAUGGGAAAAAAAUUAUUUAUUGCAUUUAAUUAAAUAACCACUUGCUUGAUCUGCAAAAAUAGGUGUUGUGUUAGAAUUAGAAAAUCUUAGAAUUAAAAUGUUAUAGUGAAUACAUCUGUUCUGAUUAAUUCUUAUAUACUGCUUUUUGUUUGUUUUGGUUUAUUACUUCAUGUUAUCUAUAUACUAAAUAUCUACAGUAUAUACUGGCAGAAAUAGUUAAGAGUUGUAUGCCACUAUAUUUAGCCUUUUUUCCUGUUUGCUAUUUAGGUGUAAAAUCGUCAGGGUGUAAGUGGUUAAACAUUUGAUUUAACAAAAACUGUAAACAUGUUCAUCUUAAAGCAUGCACAUUAAGCAACUGUGAUAAAACUUUUUAAAUGUACCAAGAUUAAAAUUUAUGAAUAUGUGUGUCCUUUUAUAGUUUCUUUGAUUGCUAGAACACAGAAUGUGUUCCAACAUGUAUCAUUUUUAACAACCUUGAUUUGAAGUGUUUUUAUGAUACAAUUGAAUUAAAUAUUGGAAGAGUCUGUUGUGAUAGCUGUGAAGUGUGAAUCCUCUUUGUGUUGGGGACAAGCUCCAGUCACAACUUAACCUUCCUGCAUUUUGAGGUUGUUGCUGGAUACUGGAUGAUUGCCAGUUUUAUGAGCUUUUAUUGCCUUCACAUUUUGUAAAUAAA